CGUGCGUGACCUGUGCUUUUGACCACCAUCUAUCGAUCAUGUCUAACGUCGAUACGUCCAAAUUUCUGAUAUCCGAAUCGGAACUCAUUAUCGGUCAAGCUCGAAAGCAUAAAGCAGAGGAAUUAAAAACAAUCGGUGAACCACUACAACUCUCUGGGAAAGCAUUGGCCAUUGAGGUAGUGGGGAACUCGGUUUGGAUCGGAGACAAUACAACUGCAGCUCGUAAAAUUGACUUAGAGUCGCGACACACACUACAAAUAUACCGGGGCCACAGAGGACCGGUCUCCGCCCUUGCUCUCUUCAAAACCGUUCCUUCUGAUGGUUCAGAACCUCGCCAGAUUCUCAUCACUGGAUCUUGGGAUCAGACAAUCAAGUUUUGGGAUACCAAUACAAAAGAGAUAAUCUCCUCAACUGACGCGCACUCCGACUUUGUCAAGAGUCUGCUGGUCUUUCCCAAAUUGAAUCUUCUCGUAUCUGGAAGUUCGGAUAAGCUUGUACGAUUCUGGGAUCUGACAUCAGCUUUAAAUGGAGAGCCUCUACAGAGCAGCGGCUCGAUCUCAUCGCAUACUCGACCAGUUGAAUGUCUUGACGGACUGGAGCUCGGUAAUGGAAACGCCGAACUCUACACAGCGGAUACGAUGGGCUUCGCUUUCCUUUGGGCACUAUCCAGGGAUAACAGUUCACCCCCAAGAUGGAGAGGAACACUCAAAACAGAAUUCAAGUAUCAUCGGACCAAUAUCUCCGAUUUACACUACGGGAACGGUCAGCUAUGGACUGCUUCCCUCGACGAAACAGUGCACAUUCGCAACUUAUCUCCGGCCCUCGAAAAGCAGAAACCACCUCCGCCUAUUACGCAUCCUGUUGGCGUCCGUUGUAUACUCCCCCUCCCUUUGUCUGUGCUCGCCGAGCCGUAUCUCAUUACAGGAGCCGGAGAUGUCUUGCGCGUGUACGACACGUCGUCCCUUACUGAACCUGAGCUACUGAACGAAUUCGACGCUCACUGGCACGACAUCACGGAUAUCCGCCUGUGGCUACGGAAGUCCCAAAAUGAUGGCAUCGUCAAAGUAGAGCCAUGGAUCAUUUCGACUGGGAUCGAUUCGACUAUCCGGAGAUGGCGGUUACAAGACAUAUUGGUGAGGAAUUCUGUCAAACCCAAAGCCGUUCACCCGCCUGUGAAAAGUGAAUUCAAGAUGACCGCCGAAGAAGAGGAAGAGCUAGCUGAGUUACUUGACUCAGACUGAUUUCAUCCUCGCCGCGUGAACUAUCCAAGACUAUCGACUGUAGCAAAAAAUAAUGAUACAUA